AUGUGCUCGCAGCUGCAGAUAUGCACAAGGCAGGACUUCUACGUCAAUGUCUACAAGAACGGGAGGAACGCGGAUAACAGGCCCAAGACCAUGCAGGACUUCCUCCUCAGCGCCGACGCCCUCUUUCCCGAGAGCAGCUCGCAGAUCAGCCUCAGCGCCGCGGAUCUCAGCAUGGCCAUCUACGACAACCUUGCAAAGGCCAUCGUCGCGGAGGCCAUGGGAUACCCGGGGCAUCCCGAGUUGCUCAACCUCUCCUACGUCCACCUGCGCAAGCUGAACAAGAUCCUCUACACGGACCCGGUGCCCUACGACGACGGGACCUACCCCACCGACCCGGACCUAGGCGAUCAACUUCAUGCUUAA